CGUCAGGCGCGCUCCCCGCAGGGGAAUGAAUGGGAGGCGGGCGGCACCGGCGGGCACCGGCACCGGGACACGGCACCGGGACACGGCACCGGGACACGGCACCGGGACACGGCACCGGGACGCGCCACCUCCCGCCGCCGGGCUCCGCCGGCGCGGCCCGCGGCUCUCCCGCCCCUCUUCUCUCCCCUCCGCCGCCCCCCGGGCCAAUAAAAUGAUGCAAAGCUCCGCGCUCGCUGCCGAAGGGGCUGUCAAGGGGCUUCCCGAGAUCCUCGGUGUGCCGGUGCAACAGAUCCCCCAGUGCGCCGGCUGCAACCAGCACAUCCUGGACAAGUUCAUCCUCAAGGUCCUGGACCGGCACUGGCACAGCUCGUGCCUCAAGUGUGCCGACUGCCAGAUGCAGCUGGCCGACCGCUGCUUCUCCCGGGCCGGCAGCGUCUACUGCAAGGAGGAUUUCUUCAAGCGUUUCGGGACCAAAUGCACGGCGUGCCAGCAGGGCAUCCCCCCGACCCAGGUGGUCCGCAAAGCCCAGGACUUCGUGUACCACCUCCACUGCUUCGCCUGCAUCAUCUGCAGCCGGCAGCUGGCCACGGGCGACGAGUUCUACCUGAUGGAGGACGGGAGGCUGGUCUGCAAGGAGGACUACGAGACUGCCAAGCAGAACGGUAGGCACCCCGAAGAGGCUGCGAGGGGCACGGCGCACAGAGGGGUGGCCGUGGCCCGUGUCCCUGGGUGCCCGUGGGAAGGUGUCGCUGCGGGCUCGGGGGCAGCUGGUUUUGGGGAGACAUUCCCCAGUGGCUUGUGCUGCUGCUCGGGGCUGGUACCGCCUCCUUCGCUUCCAGAUGACUCCGAGGCGGGAGCGAAGCGGCCCCGGACCACGAUCACGGCCAAGCAGCUGGAAACGCUGAAGAAUGCCUACAAAAACUCCCCCAAGCCCGCCCGGCACGUGCGGGAGCAGCUCUCCUCCGAGACGGGGCUUGACAUGAGGGUGGUGCAGGUGUGGUUCCAGAACCGGCGGGCCAAGGAGAAGCGGCUGAAGAAGGACGCGGGGCGGCAUCGCUGGGGGCAGUUCUACAAGAGCGUGAAGCGGAGCCGCGGGGGAGGGAAGCUGGAGAAGGAGAGCUCGGCCGAGGACUGCGGCGUCAGCGACAGCGAGCUCAGCUUCCGCGAAGACCAGAUCCUCUCCGAGCUCGGCCACAACAACAGGGUGUACGGCUCCGUGGGGGACGUGGCGGGCGGACAGUUGCUGAACGGCGGCUUCUCCAUGGAGGGCACGGGACAGACGUACCAGGACUUGCGGGACGGCAGCCCCUACGGCCUCCCGCAGUCGCCGUCCUCCAUCUCGUCGCUGCCGGCCCACCCGCCCUUGCUCAACGGGCUGGACUACGCCAUGGACGGCAGCCUGGGGCUGGUGGCCCACGGGGCGCAGGGGGUGAGUCAGACGCUGCGGGCCAUGGCCGGGGGGGGCCCCACCUCCGACAUCUCCACGGGAAGCAGCGUCGGGUACCCAGACUUUCCCACCAGCCCGGGCUCCUGGCUGGACGACAUGGAUCACCCCCCUUUCUAAGCGCUGCUCGCCCCCCGCCCCGGCCCCCCGCGCUCCCCCCGGCCCGCAAGCGCACCACCGAGGGCACCCGCCGGCGGUUGACCUUUCCAGGAUUUCCCAUGGGAAUUGGCCCUGGAGGGCUGGAGGGAGGGGGGACAGCAUCGGCGAUGGCUGGGGGCGGCUGUGCUCGGGCGGGGCGCACGGAUGCCUUUGGGUGUAAGCACAAGAGAGGUGGCGGCGCACGGGACGCGCGGCGAGGACCGCGGCGCUGGGGACGGGGGGGACCCGGCCAUGGCCUGGCCGGCGGGAGGGAGAGAAGGACAAUCAGGGUGGCAGAGUCCGUCCCGGCACCCGCGCCAGCCCCGCACCCCUCUGCCGAGCACCGCUGCUAUUUUCAAGAGUUAUUUUUCGAUAUGGAGUUGAAACGCAACUCGGCGCUGCCCGGAGCCUCAGCAGAAAGAGAAGUCUAUAUUGUAGAAGGGUUUAUUUUGCCGGGGACACGUCCGAGCAGGGCCAUUGCCCCGCUGCCCGCGGGCGAUCCUGCCUGCUCCUGGCCCUUAUAAGUGGCCACGAUUCCUCCCCGGGCACGCAGGAGCAUCACUGCUUUGUACCACGGUCACGCGAGGGGGAGGAAUUUAAAGACAUUGCCUCCAGCCCGAGAUGCCCACUGGCCAAGCCGUGCCAGGGCGGGGCCAGCCGGGGUGCUUGGGGCUGGCACCUGCGGAGCGGCCACUGGAGGGGUGCGCGGGAGAGGUGGGCAACGUUUGCUCUGAGGGUAUUGCAAAAAAUUCCUCCGCAAUAGGGGAAAGGGUAUUUCGCCAGCUGCAGAAACACCUGCGCGGUGGGAAAGGGAGGGAUUGGGGUGUGAGAUGCUCCCGGUACAGGUCACCCUCCUCCUUUGGUGCUGUGGGGCUGAUGGCACUAAAGCGUGGGUGCAGGCAGCCAGGAAGGAUCCAGGUGGCUUUGGCACAUGCUGCAAGUCCCAUGGGGUCUGCUCCUGGCCAGGCCCACUCAGCACUAGCCCUUGCUCAAAACCCACAUGCCCAUCUCCCCCAGCACAGCCACACCCCCUACCCUCAGACAUUCAGCCCCAGGGAUAAGAUCCAGCUCCACACUCUCUGCCCACGGUGCCCAGCUCUGCCCCAGCCGUACAGGGAUGCCCUGGCCGUGGGGUCCUUGCCAUCCUGUCUGUCUCUGGGAUGAUGCUGAUGAUCCCAGGCUGCCCCUCAGGGAGGGCUGGGGGUGGAUCCAGUUAGUCGGCUCCUUCCAGAGAUGUGGAGGCUCCAGAAGCAAAGGGAAAAAAAGAAUAAAAACGAAAAAAAAAAAAAAAAAGCCACACAAGAAAGCACAUCACUGGUCUCUCCUUGUCCUUCCUUGCCCCCCCAGCUGGGUGAGUUGGCGCUGCAGGAGCUGCCCCAGCUGCAUCCAUGUGCCUCUCCCCUCCCCAGCCUUGGGUGCUGCUUUGUGCCAAGCUUCCGGCCUUGCCGGCACUGGUGGGGAGGGGGACGGGGGAGAGCUGUGCCUGCUGCUCUCCAUCCCCCUUCGACAAGGCCAAAUGCCCCCUCCCCUCGCUGUGUAAAUUUUGUACAGUUCCAGAAAGUGAGAGUCUUGUUUCCUGGGGGAAUAAAAAGGAAAAAAAAAUAAAACCCAACAAAAUAAAUAAUAAUAACAAUAAUAAAAUUUAAAGAAUAAAACCUUAUUUAUUGCCGUGUCUUGGGGAGAAAUUAUCCCCCCAAAUUGCCCCCAAAUUUGGGCCCAGGGCGUUGCUUUUGUACCCUGCCUCUGGUGUGUUGGCAUGAGAUGUGUACAGUCACCCCCUCUGCCGCGAGGGAAAGCGACGGCAAAUAAACUCGGGAUGCUCUUUA